AUGGUUCUCUUCAAACGCAAGCCAGUGCAGUUUCUGCAGACCCCCGUCGUCGAAGAUGAAUCCAUAGAGGUCUGGCAUAUACCCCAAACGGGGGAAAUAUUUACCUCUUACGAAGAAUACUUGAAUCGCAUGGAUUUCUAUACCCAGCCGCGAUUCAUCUGCCAGAUUACUGGUCACUCCGGUCUCACCUUUUUUGCAGCUCUCCGAAGCGAACAAGCCGGUGCCGAAGAAGUCGAACAAGCUUUCCCAGAAGCCCUCAAGGGUCCCGUAUUGCGACGCGUCCAAUUCCAGACGAUUUCACGAAUCGAUAAUCUUGUCGACAUGAUAUACGACGAGUUCAAGGCCGAUUACUAUCCUGGAGAAGCUGUCACAAUACACCUUAUGAACGGCGAACGAACGACCGGUAUCGUGAGAGACAAGGCGCGGCUCGGAAGCAAGGUACUCCCUGAUGGGACACUCACCCCUCCGUAUUCGCGCUACUUCACCAGUAUCGAUGGGCGACCUGGAGAAGAGGCCGCGGUCGACGAGAACAACAUCUACAGGGACAGGAAAGUUUUCACCAAGUCCGUCCUGAGGUCCUUUAUUAAGAAGACUGUCACUCGGGCAGCCUGGACUGGCGCACCAUGGCUGGUCAAGCACGAUGUUGCGGCACAGUACCACAUCGACACCCGCGUUCCUCCUCAUCUACAAUACAACAACAAGUUAGCGGAACGUAAGCAACACCAAGCGCAGAAGAGAGCACUGGGUGUCCAAGACAUGGUCUCCGCCAACGGCGCAUCGCUUCACAACGCGCUGGGACCGGCCAGACUUCCCGAACUCAAACCAGCGCCCAAGGCUCAGAAGAUAUCGAAACUCCAAGAACAGCAUCUCAGGGGCAGACAGGGAAUACAUGUCGGGCCGGACCCUGGUUUUGUGCCCGGGAACAAUCCCUUCCAGUUCCCCGUAUCAUUUAGGAACAACAUGCCGCCACCCCCUGCGCCGGUCGUAUACACACCGCCUGAACCGCCGCCGCCGCCGCCGCCCCCCAAAUAUCCGAUCGAAGAUCUGCAGCUAGAGCCUCGCGAUGAUUAUGUGCGACCGCCCCUCAAGUUUUUAUGUGCAGACCCUCCGCAAGGUGUUGUUGAUAGUGGAGCCCGCAACGACAAGAUACUUAUGAAGUCAAUGGGCCCCCUCUUGGAGACAUGGGACACCUUGAACGUCUACGCUGAGAUAUUCAAGCUGGAUUCUUUCACAUUUGAUGACUUUGUGCAAGCCUUGGAAGUUGCGCGCGCCAAUGUUCCAGUUCAGCUUUUUGACGAGGUCCAUUGUGCGGUGUUGAAGCAACUGGUAAGCUCCGAGGCGGACGGUGGCAAGUUAUUGGUGCGGAUGCCAGAACUUGAGGAGGAAGAUGAAGAGGAGGAAGACGAGGAUGAUGAUAGCGAAGAAGCCCCCUCGCCCGAGCCUGAACCGGAACCAAAACCCCCGGCGCGUGCGACUCGGCGAAGCCUGGCCAAGGCUGAAGCAGAGAGACUACAAGCUGAGGCGGCGGCUGCCGAGAAGGAGGAGGCCGAAGACACCCCGGUCGUCAAGCACCGAGCAGCGGAGGUUUUGGCCGACUAUGACUGGAUUGAACAUCUCAAGAAGCGCGAUUUCAAGGAUGGUGGAUGGGAGAUGAUCAUGGUCGGUUUACUGAACCAACUCUCGCGGGAACCUAGGAAAACCGAAAUAUGUGAGGAGUUGCUCAGUAAGCUCGUGCCUCCGGACCAAGAGCCAUCUCGCGAGACGGUCCAGCAAUGCUACAGCAAUCUCGAUCUCAACCUCCGGAUAUCUGCACUCCAGAUUAUAUGCAUGCUGACAACGGGAACCAAGGCCGUCCGGGCCUACAUGGAAGACUGUGCAGAGACCAUGACUGGGUACCGCAAAGAGAAGAUUGAGUGGCAGAAGAACCGAAAACAAGCUGUGGAGGAGCUCAAGGCUUUGAAUGAGCAGAAGAAACUGUUACUUCCGGAAAAUACGCCGCAAUCACCCAAGGCUGACGAGGCACCCAAGACUAAUGGCGACGUCAAGAUGACGGACGCUGAUGAAUCGCUCCAAGAGGAGACAGCGGAGGAGGUGGCCGACAGCGAUGAUGACCUCAGUCUCCGUCGUAACACCCGGCGCGGAGGCGACCGGGCUGUUGUUCAGCGGAAGCAGAAAGAACGGGAAGAAGAACAGAAGAGAAAAGAGGCAGAGGCUGCAGCGGCCAAACAGCCGAAGCAGUCAAAACAAUUUAUCAAGCUGCUCAAGGACAUACAGAAGAAGGAAGAGUAUAUCAAGAAGUGUGAGGACGAAGUUGCCGUUAUAGAGAACGACCUCCGCGAGGCAGAUUGUGCGCGGACUCGUGUGCUGGGCAAGGAUCGAUUCUGGAAUAGGUAUUACUGGUUUGAGCGCAACGGUAUGCCAUACGCGGGGCUUCCAACCAGUUCAACCGCCGAGUCGGGUUAUGCCAACGGCUGCAUCUGGGUGCAGGGUCCCGACGACCUUGAGAGGGAGGGCUAUAUUGACCUGUCCCCAGAGCUCCAAGCUGAGUAUAAGCAGAAGUUCAAGAUCACAGUUUCCCAGCGCAAGAAGAUGGAAGAGGGCCGAACAAGCGUCUUCAAUGCGCACCAGUGGGGCUAUUAUUCCGAGCCAAACGACGUCGAGUCUCUUCUGAACUGGCUGGAUCCCCGGGGCUUCAAUGAGCUCAAGCUGCGCAAGGAGCUGAUCAAUUGCAAGGAGAAGGUCAUCUCUGGUAUGGAGGCUCGGACACAAUAUCUUGCAACGGAGGAGGAGGAAGCCGCCGAAAAAGAAAAGAAGGAGGAGCAGCAACCCAAGGAGUCGAAGCGCAUGAGUACCCGUGCAAAGAACCAACCGUCCCCAGAGCUGCAGCCGCAGCACCGUUGUUUGAAUUGGUACAAUUCCAUGGCGAUUGACGAGAUUGGCCACAUUCACAGCGAGGAGCCGGUGCCUCAGGAGAAGAAGAGCAGAAAGCCAGGCAGGAAAUCAAAAGGUUGA